AUGGCGUCGACCAGCGUUUCGAAGGGCCAAAUCCUCUCCCUCUACCGUUCCUUCCUCCGGACAGCUCGCCAGUUCAGGGACUACAACAUUCGGGAGUACACCAAGCGACGGACGGUGGAUGGCUUCCGGCAGAACAGGGGUUUAACCGACCCGUCUUCAAUCUCCGCCGCGUUCUCCGAAGCGAAAUCCCAGCUCGAUGUUGCCAAGAGACAGGCCGUCGUGUACUCGCUCUAUGCCCCCGAUAUCAGAAGCGUUAUGGAGACCGACUUGAAAGGCAAGCGCUGA